AUGGCUCAUCUUGAGAUUCCUCGGUGGCUCACCAUCCUUCACAUCUAUCUGCGCUAUAUAUUUAUAAUUAUUUAUCCCAUUAUCCUGUCGCCAAUCCUCAUCUUACAUCCUGGAACGGUGAGUUCAUGACAAAUAGUUUACAUUUUCCAACUUUCACAAUUCACUAGGCACGUCUCAGUAUGGUCCUGCCAAACAUGCAAAUUUAAGUAAACCCGUUUUUCGGCUUAAUACGAAAUGCUGUUUACUCGCCUAGGCUUGGUUCCUUGGCUUUUUCUCAUUAAUUUGAAGUUGUGGCAGAUUGUGCAGGCAGAAUAAUUACUGAUAUUUAUUCAGAAAGUGAUGUGUAGUUAGUCACACGACGUUACUAAUAAAGUUCUUGACAAUAACCAAGCAGAAAAUCAACCAAAUUUUCAAAAGUCAUGGGGAAAGAUUCUGAGAUUAGAGACUUUAUAAUAGAUUAGGGGUGCUAAAUGGCUCUAAAAGGCCUAUUGGAAUUCCGCAUACUAUAUUGCAAGUAAAUCUUCCGAAGCCCAGUGACUCCAACGUCGCUAUUAAGCAGUCCGACGUCGUGACUAUCCGCCGUUUAUUUUUUAAAAUACGACGAGCAUGCAAGGUUACCUGUUAUGUUCAUCAGACAACUACCAGCAUUUGUGUAGAUGGUAUCUUAAACUAACUCUGAAUAAGGACGUGAAUCUCGUUAAAAAGACUGCAUAAAGGCGCCCAAAAUACCGUCCACAAAAAGUUAUUAUCCUGCAAUCUUUAUAUUUUAAAGAUGAAAUUCAGUGUAAGGGUGAAUAAUUUUGUUUAAAAACCGUUUCAAACACGCUUAAUCAAGCUAUAGACGUUAACCGAUCGGAAGGUAUCUUAUGUGCGAACCUCACGUAAGCCUUCGUUGGGACAUCGACCUCAUAAGAAAUCGUAAAUAACAAGGAAUAUAAGGCCGUUUUGAUGAUAUUUGAAACAUUACUGUGCAGUUUUAUAAUACUUGCAUUAUCGAGAUUAUUUAGAUAUCCGACUGUUAAGUGGUGCUCCGGCUGAAGAAGUUCCUCACGGUUCAUUUUCAAAGUCUGUAUUUUACAAUGUACCUGUUUCAUUCUUUACUAAUUAGGCUUUUCGAUGACAUACAGUUUUAAAAGGCGAUUCGGACAAGGCAAGGUUUAUAGAAACAUCAAUGUGGGCAUGUUUCUCUCCACUACUCAGCAAGACUCCAGGCAUAGAUCGAAGACAUGGGGCUUGAACUCCAACGUGCUGAAUCACGAUUAAAUUAAACGCUCUACCGGGGAUAUACGUGCUCGCCGUUAUUUUGAUCACUAUCGGAACCCUAAUGUCUGCGUUUAUCCAUCCAUAUUACUUGCAGAAAGGAGCAGGAAUAGCUGUCUUUGAGCUGAAUAUCCGCAUUAAAGCACUUACAGAUAGCCGUACCUUUACCAGCAACUUCUAAUCGAGCACUGUUGAUAACAAAUUUGGGGAAGCUGAAAGAGUAAGUUCCGACAAACCAUACAACAACAAUAGUUAGAGAGUGCCAACAUCUUGAGUUAGUUUAAUGUCCAUGACGGUUCUAGCACAUGCCUGCCGGACGAAACGGAAUCCUCUGAGUUCCAUCCCACGAUCAGGCAGAUCAAUCCAAUCCACUUCCACACGACCGACGGUGUGACAUAUUUGACUUGCGUACUUAAAAUCAAAAAAGUAAAGCAUUUUGUGCGGUUUUUUAUUUCGAAGGCCAUCAGUCUGUUGGCCGUGAAACUCCUUUGCGGCUAAGUUGGCGCCAAUUUGAUAUUCUCACUGGAUGGAUAGUUUUCGGAUGUUUAUGGUCUCGAACACGACUUUUUCAGGAAAGCGCUCAAUUCAUCCUUCGAAAGUUCUUAAUUCAGGUUUUUACUAGCUUGGGAACCGCCCUUAUGAAUCAAGCGCCAAAAUUAGUAAAUUACGAGAUGAAAAUGCCACCCUGUGUGACCCAUUUCUGAAAGACUGGCGAAUAAAGGCGCUCUUAUUGUGGGAUUUAUGCAGACUGCCACUGCAGUUGCGGUUUGACGUUUUUCUUUUGAGAGAUAACCUCAGAACUCUGUGUGUUGCCUAUCUUAUCUUUGUAACUUCCAUAUAGGAGUCGAAGGCAGCCUAUAUUCUGCUAUUAAUGAGCGGUUUCUGGGUGAGCGGCUUCAUACCGCUCUACGUGACCGCACUCCUUCCCCUCGUCCUUGGGCCACUGAUGGGACUUAUCCCCAGCGCCGUCAUAGCCAAAGAGUAUUCGUCGGUAAGUUAACAUCAAACUGAGCCGCCAAUAAUUUACAAAUGCCCAAACUAUUCUCAGAAGUUGUUGUUUCAUCUGACUUCUUGUUAUGUUCUCUUCUUCACGCAACUUCUCCACAAACACAUGUUGUUUUGUCAACGCAAACAAAACAGAGCUCCACUUUCUUGUUCCUGGGCGGUAUGCUCCUGGCUAUCGCGGCGGAAAACAUGAAUUUGCAUCGACGAAUCGCCGUCGCUUUCGUGCGCUGGAUGGGUCACGAUCCGCGAUUGUAAGUUCAUGAGUAUGAGAUGUUGUUAAAACCAAGCGUUAAGCAAACUGUUGCACUAAUGCAUUUGCAUUAAUGAGAAUUCGCCGGUGAAGGUAAUAUUGUCCGUUUACAUGUGGGCAACGCUGAGAGACCGGGUCGUAUUUUGAUUGAUUCGCCUAAGAGGCCAUGCGUUUUGAAGGACAUUAAAUCAUUGACAGUCUUUGUGAAGAAGUGGGCACGGCCGCUGGAACAACACCUUUAUUCGCCGGAGGUUUCGGAUUCCUACUCGAAUCCAUCGUCAGAGACAAUAGCAGAUACGGGUUGUUCAUGCACAAGGGGCUGCAGCAUCUAUAGGAUGCAGUCGUUGUUCGUUAUGAUCGAAUGCCAUCGAAUAACACAACCAUGGAUUUUUGGCGUUACUCUUGUCUGGGCAAGGUCCUCUCAGCCUGCCAUGAUAUCGCCGGCACUGUGUUCAUCUGAAAUAAACAUUCUUCUGAAGGGCACAGACGGUAAAAGACUAAACGAAAAUUUUUCGGGAAGAAUUGAUUUUCCUACCAGGCCGUUUCCGAGAAUGAUGAUUAGUCCUGGGGUGACGUUAACGGUGGCUGUGGGAUGCCAACAAAGAAAUUCCAGUCAUACUUGCUAUAGGUGCCGAAUGUGAUUAUAGAUAUGUGCAUGCCGGUAGACGGCACACAAACUUCCAAAAGGGACACGUUUGUAACACAAAUACUGUCGCCUAUGGGUAGAGAUCAUGAUGAAAGGGUCAGUUCAGUUUAUUUGGUAAGGAUAAUAGGCAAAGCCUUUGAAAACCCUAUUGAUUACGUGUCAGCUCGUUAGAAAUAACUGUACACGAGCAAUGCAAAUAUUCGUUAUUAAAACACUACUUGAUUUAUUUGAGUAGCAUUGUCAAAUAACGAUGCAUUACUAUGCAUGAUCGGAAAGAUGGUGGAUCACACACACAUGUGUCCUGGUCGUAUAAGUCCAGGUUGCAGGGCCUUUGUGUUUACAGACUCCUAAGGACAUUUGUAAAUCCACACAAAUUGUCAUCAGGCAGCAUAUGCUGCCUAAUCACACUGCUCCACAUAUCGACGAGGAAAGUAGUUGACCCAUGACCGAACAAACAGUAUGCAAGUCGGUUUAGUUGCAAAUAACCUACGCUAAAACAAUCCCUAUACGAUGGAAGAAUAGAAGAGAAUUAAGGGGAAGAGCCCCGGCGAGGCUCCUUUUACUUGGCAUUUUGACAGUGGGACCGCCUUUGCCGAAGAUGUCCACCGUGGGCUUCACAGCAAGUUGAGAGCAGGCACGGUGACUUACAUGUGAUUUCUCUCAUAGUGAUAGCGCAAUUGCGUCGUACCUGCAGCACUUUCUCCUCCCACACCUGAGAUCGAUGUCGAGACACUGUCCAGAAGACAGGAUCGGGAGUGUGCGCAGGUGGCUGACGCGGCCGGGCCCGCGCCUGGGCGUGCCACCACACCCACUGGUCCACAGCAAACACUUGAACAGGAUACUAGGCAUUUUAGUGAGUAAAGAUCUGCAUUAUCAGUCAGCAAAUUAGAAAAAUACAAUCCUGAACUCCAGAUGAAAAAUUUGCCGCAAUGUCACGGAAUCACAAAGAAACGUUAAAUACUUACGCAACGGAAGCUGUUCUGGAGGAGACACAAAAACGUCUGGGUGAACAAUUCGACCCUAAGCAUCUUUGCAUGCCGAUUUCGAGGUUGCUUAAUUUAAGUAGACCUUGCAGCUAUCUGCUGCUUUUACACAAAUACCUAACUUGCGUCUAGACUGGAGAGCCGGCGCUUCUAACGAAAUAGCCUAGCCAUUCGUGGACAUCAGUGGAGAAAAUAACAGAAGCCUCGGUUUUUUUAGAAAACGAACAUUUCAGGACAUGUUAUACGCGCUCUCUUGAAAGUACUUGAGUAGUUUUCAGUCUCCUUUCAAGGCUGAAGGGUCUUUAGCAGUUGCGAUACUAAGGAGGGGUUAUGUCACACUUGCUGCCAAACUGCGCUCGUCCAAAUGACUCCUAAUGUAUCAUUGAUGAGGUCCCCUGUCCUCUAUUACCAAAUGGAUAUAAAUUAUAUGCUUAAUUUUCUUUUCCUAUUUAGGCUGAUACUGAGCGUGAUGCUUCCCACCUGGUUCCUUUCAAUGUGGAUGAGCAAUACGGCCACAACUGUGAUGAUGGUUACCAUUGUGGAGGCGCUACUAACAAAAUUGGACGAUGUCAUUGCAGGUUUGUUAAAUGCUGACAACAGUCGCUGCAAAACAAACUAUCUUUCUUCCCUUUUGGAGAAUAGACCCAGAGCUAUAAGUGUAUUUUGUUUCUCCUACAGCUCCACCGGAAGGAACUGAUCCAAACGAGGCAACUGAGUAUGCUUUGAAUUACCCCUGAUUUUUAUACUAGCGUGAAAUCGCGUGGCAAAUUUACAAUGACUCCCUUCUGAUUUUAGCGAUGACAGCAAGGGCCGGAAGCGAUUGCGACGCUUUGCCACAGGAAUCAGCUUGUCUGUCUGUUACGCUGCCAGUUGCGGUGGGAUCGCUACCUUGAUAGGUUCUCCGCCGAAUAUCAUCUUUUAUGGUCUUGCAGUCAGGUAAAAAAAACUUUGGUGCAUCGGGAGUCUCCGCUUUUUACCCGUUUGGAACGACAGAGUUGAGUGCUACUAGUGUUUGGUUGGGGUACAGUGGGGUUGAUACUUUAUAGGACAAGGUAUAAAUGAUGAUAUGAUGUUGCUCGACGAGAUGACGUCAUUCCUUUCCUGAUUUCAGCCGAUAUGGAAGUGAGAUUCCGCUAAACUUCGGAUCGUGGAUGGCUUACGGAUUUCCCAUGUCUCUGCUCUGCCUAAUUUCUACUUGGAUUACCAUAUGCCUACUGUUCCUCGGACCCAAGUAAGUCUACAGGCUAGGCAAAGUCCAGUGAAGAAUUGAAGAUCAACAUGCAUUUUUAGAGUUUUAAUAUCAAACUUACUUCUGUCUCAUUAAGGGCCUUCUUCAAAUGCGGUCGAUCUAAAAAGAGCAACCCUUUGGAUGACUUCCAGGAGGAAUUCUAUGAAGAUCCAGCCUCGGCAAAAAGCACCGACAAGCUGGAAGAACUAGAACGCGCCGCCGAACAGGAAGACAAUGAAGAAAUCUCGUUCGAUAUUGUUGCUAUCGUUAAAAAAAUUUCCGAAGAAGAACGGCGAGUCCUAGGUCCCAUGAAGUAAGUACUCAGGGUGAAAGAUUAACUAAAGCUGAGGUGGCCAACAUCAUGUUAAAGUAACUUUUAUGUCAUGCUUGAUGUUCAGCACCCACCUUCAGCCCGUGUCGCAUCCAUUCAUUGUCCUUCACAUGCUACCCAAUCAACUUACGGUGGUCAUUUCUGUUCUAGGUUUGGCGAAAUAGCCUGCACGAUCUUAUUCCUAUUACUGAUUGGCUUGUGGAUUACACGGGAACCCGGUGUGCCCGGAUGGUCGCGUUUCAUGCCAGUCAGCAACGAUUCAAAUGGCAAAAUCGUGAGGUAUGCUCAUUUUACCCCGUACAAGCGGUCUUUUAUUUGCACAACAGCACAGACGAAUACAAGAGCCCUAAGGUAUUUUUAUUCCACUUGUGGAUUUAAACAAGCAUAUGCGAGAGAAAUCUUCCUAUCUAUAUGUUUUGCGUUCCCUCAUAAACUGUGUCAUUUUACUCCAUAAUAUGGGUAGAGGCUAGUCAUCACACAGCAGUUUAAAUGCUCCCGCGAAUCCAGUGGACACAGUCUAGUCGAUGAUGGGGAGGCAUCUUUAUGCAUGACUGCAUAAAGGAAAAAAAUAUUAAGGCAAAAAGUGGCGUGGGGUUUAACGAACUGGGAUUUACCACAUGGUCUCGUUAUUUGCGUAAGUCCGGCUCGUCCCCCAUAUGCAGCCUGCUUCCAAAGUCUGCUUUGCGCACAGGGAUGUCAGUUGAAAAUUUCAGUCUUAUCUAUAAGUGACAGUUAUCAAUACCCCCACGUCCAGACUGGCCAAUCAGAAGGCAUAUGGCCUGUCCUAAUACCAGACCAUUACGGCGAAUGCAACCCACCGGAAGUUGUCAUUAGUCUUGAUCGCAGCCGCCGCUCGCCUGUCAGACCGCCGUUCUGACCGAGCAACUGGCGCAGAUUCAAAUUUGAGGUCAAGGUUUGGGAUGGAGCUGGUCGGUGGCGGAAAGUGAACACUAAUCCAUCACUAGACCUCUUUUUGAUUAGUCCUCGUUAAGCGACCGCCAGCGUUCACUCUAAGCUGAGAUUCCAAACCCAAUGUGCCACCCAUGCUCAUUCCUAUAGUUUAGUCAGAACGGGAGACCCCACCUUGCUGUGACAUAAAAUGUUUGAUUUAGACGGGGAAACGUUAGCGCAUUGUAAUAAAUGUUGCUAUUUCCUUGAAGAUACGUGGACGACACUCAACCAACCAUCCUCUUUGCCAUCUUGGCUUUCAUUGUCCCCGCCUCAAACCCCUUCCGUCUUCGUGCUGAUCCAGAUGAAACAGGCAAGUGA